AACGAAUCCACCGGUCAGAGCUGUAAACCAACCUCGACUUCAACCUCGUAUGGCCAGGACGAGCAGAUGACCCUGCCAGUAUGGCGCUCAACUCAUCCGACGGCUUCGCGGCCGGCAACGGGGCGCUGCUCGACCUUAGCUUAGGCGACGGGACUCUGCCCAUGUUUGUCGUCGAGCGCGUACAGCUGCAGUUCUCCGUAGCUGCCGAUUUUGUUGCUGCCCAGGUCGCGAAUAAUGUCCUCGUCCUGGCGCUCUCCAAUGGCCGCAUCUUGCGUAUCGACUUGAAUAGACCCGAAGACAUUGACGACAUCGACUUGCCCAAGAAGACCACCGAGGUCGGCGUCAUCCGUCGUAUGUUCCUCGACCCAACCGCUUCCCAUCUUCUCAUCUGCACCGCUCUCGGCGAGAAUUAUUACCUCCACUCCCAACAAAAGCACCCCCGCCCGCUAGCCCGCCUCCGUGGCGUGUCCAUCGAAAGCGUGGCCUGGAAUCCGGCCCUGCCGACCGCCUCUACGCGAGAGAUCCUGCUCGGCGCCUCUGACGGCAACGUCUACGAGGCCCUCAUCGAAGCUACUUCCGAAUUCUACAAGAAGGACAUCCGGCUGAAGAAUCUCCACCGCCUACAGGAUGGCUCUAUCACGGGGCUGUGGGCGGACGCCCUGCAGGGCAAGGCCGACGUGCGGAGGGUCAUGAUCGCUCAACACCACCGAUUGUUCCAUCUUUCCGGCAAGAUCGGACAUGGCCACGACAGCAGCGGUUCGGUUUAUACCAAACUGUUCGAAGCAGAGCAGCCCACAAUUCACGAGCUGUCGCGGACUCCCUCUGUCGCCGCUCCGUCCGCGCUCGUUGUAUCCCCCGACCCGCCCGAGACGAACCCCUACGAGGACGAACGUGUGGAACGCGCAUAUGCCUGGCUCUCGUCUCAAGGCGUUUUCCACGGCAAACUUCUGGACAGCCUUGAGGCAGACCUAGGCACUCGGGUCUUCUCGCAGUCCAAACUCUUCUCCAAAUCACAGCUCAUCCCCACAGAGGCCGGCAAAAGGAGAGACGGCCCGGAGUUCAUCGAUGCCAUUGCACUAACGCAAUGGCACAUUCUUCAUCUGGUGGGCGGGCGCGUAGUCGCCACAAAUAGGCUGACGGGGGCCAUUGUGUAUGACCAAAUCGUACUCGACCCGGGGCAGAAGGCCAUCGGUCUCUGCGUAGACCUUCAGAAGAACACUUUUUGGCUGUUCACCAGCCAGGAGAUAUUCGAGAUUGUGGUCCGCGACGAAGAUCGAAAUAUCUGGCAGAUCAUGUUAGGUAUGCAGCAAUUCGACGCGGCGUUGCAGCACGCGAAAACGCCGGCGCAGAGGGAAACAGUAGCGACUUCGUACGGUGACUACUUGGUUGGCAAGGGGCAUUUCCUCGAAGCUGCCGCAGUCUAUGGUCGGAGCAACAAGCCGUUUGAAGAAGUAGCCCUGUCUCUCAUUGACAACGGGCAGCCGGAUGCGUUGCGCAAAUACUUGCUAGCUAAGCUAGCUACAAUCAAGAAGGGGGCCGUCAUGCAGAGGAUCAUGAUUGCCACCUGGCUAGUGGAGGUAUUCAUGGGCAAGUUGAACUCGCUGGACGAUUCAAUCGUCUCGCAAGCGGAGGUAUCACUUAACGGCAACCCCGCGUCGACCAAAGAGCAGCUACGGACCGUGCAGGCGGAAUACCAGGACUUCGUUACCAAAUACAAGAAUGACCUCGACAAACGGACCGUGUACGACGUGAUCAGCAGCCACGGCCGGGAGAAGGAGCUGCUCUACUUUGCUACCGCGAUCAACGACUACCACUAUGUUCUGUCGUAUUGGGUCCAGCGCGAGAGGUGGGCCGAAGUCCUCAAUGUGCUGAAGAAGCAGACGGACCCCGAGGUUUUCUACCGUCACGGCACUGUGCUCAUGACGCAUGUGGCCACGGACCUGGUCGACAUCCUGAUGCGACACGCCGACUUGAACCCCCGGAGGCUCAUCCCCGCCCUCCUGGAAUACAACCGGAGCUUCACUGGCCCCCUAUACCAGAACCAGGCUGUUAGGUACCUGCAGUAUGUCAUCAACCAGCUCAAGUCGCAUGAUUCGGCGGUCCACAACACACUGGUCUCCAUUUACGCGUCGCAUCCGGCAUCGGACGAAGCAGGACUUUUGUCCUACUUGGAGUCGCAGGGCGAUGAACCAGACUACGACCCCGACUUUGCGUUGCGGUUGUGUAUUCAGCACCACAGGACGCUUUCGUGCGUGCACAUCUUCACCAGUAUGGGGCAGUACCUCCAAGCCGUGGACUUGGCCCUGUCCCAUGACCAAGUCGAGCUGGCGUCGGUCAUUGCAGACCGGCCCAUGUCGAACCCGCAGCUGCGGAAGCGGCUCUGGCUGGCCGUGGCACGCAAAGUGAUCACGCAGUCCGACGGCAUCAAGACGGCCAUCGACUUUUUGAAACGCUGCGACCUCCUCAAGAUCGAGGACCUGAUCCCCUUCUUCCCCGACUUUGUGGUGAUAGACGACUUCAAGGAGGAGAUCUGCGCCGCUCUCGAGGACUACAGCCGCAGCAUCGACGCGCUCAAGAAGGAGAUGGACGAGUCGUCGCAGACGGCCGCCAACAUCAAGGUGGAUAUCGUGGCGUUGGACCAGCGGUACGCCAUCGUCGAGCCCGGGGAAAAGUGUUAUGUGUGCGGGUUGCCGCUGCUGAGCCGACAGUUCUUCGUGUUUCCGUGCCAGCAUUCGUUCCACUCUGACUGUUUGGGGAAGAAGGUGCUGGAGCAGGCUGGCGUGAGGACGAGCAAGCGGAUAAAGGAGCUGCAAGUCCAGAUCAGCAAGGGUCUUGUUAAUGGGGCGAAGAGGGAGGCGAUGAUUGGGGAGCUUGAUUCACUCGUAGCUUCGGCAUGUAUUCUUUGCAGCGAAUUUGCCAUCAAACGGAUUGAUCAGCCUUUUAUCACACCGCAGGAUAAUCUGAGCGAGUGGGCGGUAUAGCUUGGAGUGGUACUUCGCAGAGUGGUCGUCGAUGUCGGUGGGAGGAUAUUAGCAACACAUCUACUUAUCUUUUAGAGACAUUCUAGGAGUAUGUUACUGGUCAGUUCCCAUGUUGGCAAAUACCCGGUGUUCCAAAUAUAAUCCAUCUCGACAACUCUCACAUAGCGAUAUCUACAAGCUGCGCUAGUUCUAGAUGAAGAAGUUGACCAAGGCUCCAAGGCUCGAAGGCUUCGUCGUCGGUUAACAACUCCCCCUUUUCCUGCCAGAGGGAAUCUAUAGUUGGUACUGGGAUGGUAGGAUAGGGCUCGGCCUGAAUGUUAAACCGUGCAGGGAUAGGAAAGAGAGCUUACCUUAUUUCAGCAAGCCGGGCAUGUCGAGGGUUAAGAUGCGUACUCUGACCAGUGAGGCUCCUUAAUGACACACCGCCCUGGCCUGUUGGCUUACGCCCUCCGGAGUCUAAUGACUUUCUAUCAGCAGC